AGUAGAGAGUUUCUGCUAGGGUCUGGAUUUGGAGUUACACACACCGGACCCUAUCCUGUAUGAGUGGAGUCUGAGGAGAAAAAAAAGGAAUUCCCCCUUCUGUCUCAAAGAAUCUACAUGUCUAAUAUUUAGACAUGUUCAGCUUUGUGGAUAUUCGGUUAGCGCUGUUGCUGAGCGCAACAGUGCUUUUGGCAAGAGGUCAAGGAGAGGAUGAUAGCACAUUCGGCAGCUGCACAUUAGACGGACAGUUGUACAACGACAAGGAUGUAUGGAAACCAGAGCCCUGCCAGAUCUGCGUCUGCGACAGCGGGACCGUCAUGUGCGACGAGGUGAUCUGCGAGGACACGUCCGACUGCGCCGAUCCCAUCAUCCCAGACGGAGAGUGCUGCCCCAUCUGCCCCGACCUCGAUGGACCCCAGGUUCCAGAAGAGUUUGAGCGAACAACAGGAGCCGUUGGCCCCAAGGGAGACAAGGGUCCUGCUGGUCCUUCCGGCAACGAUGGACUGGAUGGACAGCCUGGUUUCCCCGGCCUUCCCGGCCCCCCUGGCCCCCCUGGCCUUGGCGGAAACUUCUCUCCUCAGAUGAGCUACGUCGACCACUCCAAAUCCAGCGGCGGCCCAGCUCAGCCUGGCCCAAUGGGUCCCAUGGGUUCUCGUGGUGCUCCUGGAUCCCCUGGCUCCUCUGGUCCUCAGGGUUUCAACGGACCCCCCGGUGAGCCCGGUGAGCCCGGAGCCUCUGGUGCUAUGGGAUCUCGUGGUCCCUCUGGUCCCGUUGGAAAGAACGGAGAUGAUGGUGAGCCCGGCAAACCUGGUCGCCCCGGUGAGCGUGGAGCCGCUGGCCCUCAGGGAGCUCGUGGAUUCCCAGGAACCGCCGGACUCCCCGGCAUCAAGGGACACAGAGGAUUCAGCGGUCUGGAUGGAUCUAAGGGAGACGCUGGACCCGCUGGACCCAAGGGAGAGUCUGGUUCAUCUGGUGAGAACGGUAUCGCCGGCGCCAUGGGUUCUCGUGGUCUUCCCGGUGAGAGAGGUCGCCCAGGACCUCCCGGCGCUUCAGGUGCUCGUGGUAACGAUGGCAACAGUGGCGCCGCUGGACCCCCUGGACCUACCGGACCUUCCGGGUCCCCUGGAUUCCCCGGUGGUGCUGGUGCUAAAGGAGAGACUGGUGUUGCAGGAGGCCGUGGAAACGAGGGACCCCAGGGAGCCCGUGGAGAGGCUGGUAACCCAGGACCCUCUGGAGCCGCUGGUGCUGUUGGUGCUCCCGGAUCCGAUGGCUCCGCCGGUGCUAAGGGUUCUCCUGGUCUUACUGGUAUUUCUGGCGCUCCUGGUUUCCCCGGAUCUCGUGGUCCCGCUGGAGCUCAGGGAGCUGUUGGUGCUCCUGGUCCCAAGGGUAACAAUGGUGAUCAUGGACUUCCUGGUUCUAAGGGAGAGCCUGGUAUCAAGGGAGAGACUGGUCCCGCUGGAGUUCAGGGACUUCCCGGCAACUCUGGCGAGGAGGGCAAGAGAGGAGGCCGUGGAGAGCCCGGCGGUGCUGGAGCCCGUGGACCCACUGGAGAGCGCGGCGGCCCUGGUGCUCGCGGUUUCCCUGGUGCUGAUGGAAGUGCUGGUGGCAAGGGAGGCCCCGGCGAGCGUGGUGCCAAUGGAGCAGCAGGAGCUCAGGGAGCGACCGGUGAGGCCGGAAGCUCCGGUGCUCCUGGCGCACCUGGAUCCAAGGGUAUGACUGGUAGCCCCGGUAGCCCCGGAUCCGAUGGAAAACCAGGACCCGCUGGUGCCACUGGACAAGAUGGACGCGCCGGAGCCGCUGGCUCUACUGGAUCCAGAGGACAGCCCGGAGUUAUGGGAUUCCCCGGCCCCAAAGGAGUCACUGGUGAGUCUGGUAAGCCCGGCGAGAGAGGUCCCAGUGGUGCUACCGGCGCUGUUGGCUCUGCUGGCAAAGACGGUGAUGUCGGUGCUCCCGGAUCUUCCGGUGUUGCUGGACCCAGCGGAGAGAAGGGAGAGCCCGGAUCCACCGGACCUUCCGGAUUCCAGGGCCUUCCCGGACCCCAAGGUGCUACUGGUGAGACUGGCAAGCCUGGUGAUCAGGGCUCUCCUGGUGAGUCUGGACCUUCUGGCCCAUCUGGAGCAAGAGGAGACAGAGGUUUCCCCGGUGAGCGCGGUGGAAACGGAGUUGCCGGCCCAACUGGAAGCCGCGGGUCUCCCGGCCCUGCUGGUAACGAUGGAGCCAAGGGAGAGCCUGGUGCUGGUGGUGCCCCCGGUGGUCAAGGAUCCCCCGGUAUGCAGGGAAUGCCUGGUGAGCGUGGAUCUGGUGGUCUGCCCGGUGUCAAGGGAGAGAGAGGUGAUGUUGGAGCCAAGGGAGGUGAGGGCGGCCUCGGCAAAGAUGGCGCACGUGGUCUGACUGGCGCUAUCGGAGUCCCCGGCCCCCAUGGUGCUCAGGGUGAGAAGGGUGAGGGUGGUUCCGUUGGAGUUGCUGGACCCACUGGUCCUCGUGGUUCCUCUGGCGAGCGUGGAGAGACCGGACCCUCUGGACCUGCUGGAUUCGCUGGAUCUCCUGGUGCUGAUGGUCAGCCUGGUGCCAAGGGAGAGUCUGGUGACUCUGGACCCAAGGGAGACGCUGGUGCUCCUGGACCCUCCGGACCCGUUGGAGGCUCUGGCCCUCAGGGACCUGCUGGCCCCUCCGGACCUAAAGGUACCCGUGGUGGUGCUGGACCCCCUGGUGCUACUGGUUUCCCUGGACCUGCCGGCAGAGUUGGACCCCCCGGCCCAUCUGGAACUGGCGGAGCCCCUGGCGCCAUUGGACCCGUCGGCAAAGACGGAGCAAGAGGAGGCCGUGGUGAGUCUGGUAUCGCCGGUCGCCCCGGUGAGGUUGGCGCCGCCGGACCCCCAGGAGUCUCUGGAGAGAAGGGAUCCGCUGGCCCUGACGGAGCACCUGGUACCUCUGGUUCCUCCGGACCCCAAGGUAUUUCUGGACAGCGUGGUAUUGUCGGUCUCCCUGGACAGCGUGGAGAGCGUGGUUUCCCCGGUCUGCCUGGACCAUCUGGUGAGCCUGGAAAGCAGGGAGCCUCUGGACCUCUCGGAAGCCGUGGACCCCCCGGACCUGCUGGACCCCCUGGACUGACCGGUGCUUCCGGAGAGUCUGGUCGUGAGGGAUCUACCGGUAACGAUGGCUCCCCCGGUCGCGAUGGAGCCACUGGCCCCAAGGGAAACCGUGGUGAGAAUGGUAUGUCUGGACCCCCUGGACCUCCUGGUGCUCCUGGAGCCCCCGGAACUGCCGGACCCUCUGGCAAGACUGGUGACCGUGGAGAGUCUGGUAACGCUGGCAAUGCUGGUCCCGCUGGCCCUGCUGGCGUCCGUGGUCCCGCUGGCCCUGCUGGUGCAAAGGGAGACAGAGGAGAGGCCGGUGAGGCUGGAGAGAGAGGACACAAGGGACACAGAGGAUUCACUGGAAUGCAGGGUCUGCCCGGUACCAGUGGAGGCUCUGGAGAGAGAGGACCUUCCGGUGCAUCCGGACCUGCUGGACCUAGAGGACCUUCUGGAUCAAAUGGCUCCCCUGGUAAGGAGGGCAUGAACGGUCUGCCUGGACCCAUCGGACCCCCUGGACCUCGUGGUCGCAAUGGAGAGAUGGGACCUUCCGGUCCUCCCGGCCCCCCUGGUAACGCUGGACCCCCCGGACCCCCCGGCGGCGGAUUCGACUUCGUCAGCCAGCCCAUUCAGGAGAAGGCACCCGAUCCCUUCCGUGGCGGCCACUACCGCGCCGACGACCCCAACAUGAUGCGCGAUCGCGACAUGGAGGUCGACACCACCCUCAAGACCCUGACUCUGAGCGUCGAGAAGAUCCGCAGCCCCGACGGUACCAAGAAGAGCCCAGUCCGCAUGUGCCGUGACCUGAAGAUGGCCCACCCCGAGUUGAAGAGCGACCUGUACUGGGUUGACCCCAACGAGGGCUCCUCUCUGGAUGCCAUCAGAGUCCACUGCAACAUGGAGACCGGCGAGACUUGCGUCUACCCCAGCGAGUCCAGCAUCCCCAUGAAGAACUGGUACCUCAGCAAGAACAUCAGACAGAAGAAGAACGUGUGGUUCAGCGAGUCCAUGACCGGUGGAUUCCAGUUCCAGUACGGCAGCGAGGGCGCUGACGUCGAGGACGUCAACAUCCAGAUGACCUUCAUGCGCCUGAUGUCCAACCAGGCCUCUCAGAACAUGACAUACCACUGCAAGAACAGCAUCGCCUACAUGGACUCCGCCAGCGGCAACCUGAAGAAGGCCGUGCUCCUCCAGGGAUCCAACGACGUCGAGAUCAGAGCCGAGGGCAACAGCCGCUUCACAUACAGCGUCAGCGAGGAUGGCUGCACGUCACACACUGGCUCAUGGGGCAAGACAGUCAUCGACUACAAGACAUCAAAAACAUCCCGCCUGCCCAUCAUUGACAUUGCUCCUAUGGAUGUUGGUGCACCUGAUCAGGAAUUUGGCGUCGAAGUUGGCCCUGUUUGCUUCUUGUAAAAAAGAAAGAACGAAAUAUGGACAUGACAUUGUUGUUUUUUUUUCUAGCAGUCAUCUCUAAAAUCAUUUUUUCUAUGCAUUCAAAAACUCAUUCGGCUGCCAUUGGUCCACAUGCUUAAAACCACUCUACGGAAGACGAUGUUUGUGUUUUUUACAAUCAAGUUUUUGGGACUGCUACUUCAACCAAAACCAACCACACAAGGACACUUUAAAAAGAAUCUUUUGUUUCCACUGGCAACAAGAAAAUAAUAUAUAUGCUUGUGUAAAAUUUCCCCCUGGAGAUUGAGAAAAAGAGAGAAAAAAAAAAAGAUCUUCACACACUCACACAAUGAAACACAGGUCACUUUUGCCAUUUUUUUUUCUACCACUGCGGAAGGACAUUGAAAACAACAAGUGAUGUGUACCAUUUUUUCUGGUGUUAAAUAAAUUGUAAAAAGUGUGAAAAGUGUCUUCUUGUUCUAAAUUCUUGAGAAAAAGAAAGAAAAAAAAAACAAAGAGGCUCGCCAUUCAUUGCCUCAUCGCAAAGAAGUCACUAGAACGUUUUCUUCUUUUUUUUUUCUUAAACGAAAAGGGAAUUUUUUACACAAGUCUAUUGUGGGGAAAUCAAAAACAUUCAAAGGGUGCUAUUACCAUUUCAAUGAGGUCCAGUUAUUGGUGUUUGAUGGGUGAAACUCUCGCCGUCAUACUGUAAUUAUUGCCACUGAUGCCUGCAGAACCUUUGGUGCUACUAAAUUGACUCGUUGUCUCGUUGUCUACGCGGGGCGAUUGUUUUCUUCUUAAGUGAUCACUGCAAGAUGUAACGCAUGCCAUCAUGUCUUUGUACAUAAAAAAGCAAGUGACUCUGGUUCAAUUUCAUUUCCCUGUUCAGUGUUCAUCCCCUCUGUCUGUUUGCCUCCUUGUGGAAAAAAACGUCACUAAACCCCCCCCCCCCCCCAAAAAAAGAAACAGCACACAUCUCCCACACCCUGUUGUUAUUGUUGUUUUGUUGAUGUCUUUUUUUCGCAAAAGGGUUUCUUAAAAAAGAAUUUGAAGCAGACCCACUUUCAUGGUUUAAAACAGAGAUUCUGUACUAAUUUUGUACAUGUAUGAUACAUUGAGAUGUUUUUAAUUAUUUUGGAUGCUGAAAUAAAGCAUGUGAAGUGGU